AUGAAUCUUGUGGGAGGCUAUUACGACGGUGGUGACAAGGUGAAAUUUGGUUUCCCAAUGGCUUUCACUGUGACAAUGCUUUCAUGGAAUAUGGGUUGCAGUUGGAGGCGGAGGAGGUCAGAGGACAUGACCACACCACGGACUGUGUACAGAAAUGACGAGCAUUACCCUGGGGCUGAAACUGCCGCAGCCUUUGCCUCCGCUGCUAUUGCGUUUCGCUCUCUCAACCCUAACUACUCUUCUCAACUUCUCACCCAUGCAAAACAGUUAUUUGAAUUUGCAACAACGCAUACCGGUCUUUACCAAAAUAGCAUAACAGUAGCUGCCCAAUUCUAUUCAAGCAGUGGCUACGAGGUAAUUAAGAUGCAUAUCUGA